ACAAAAAAUUUGUCGCGGCAGCUUUUGGGAAUUCUCAGCCACACAUGGACGAUAUUUUUAGUCUCUUAUUUUGAGUGAUCCGUGCGCACGGACGUUGUAUGUGGGAGUGAAUUUUGCCGCGCAUCGCAAGCUAACAUUCAGUUUUUUUAAUACUUAACAUGGCUGACACUCAAUAAUGAAGAGGAAACCACUUAGUGUUGUUGACUGUCGUAACAUGAAGGUUUUAGGUUGUGGCACAAAAUUGUAGCAGCUUGUUAAGAGGCCAUUACUGUGUGUGUCCUGUAUAUACCGCAAAAAUUCAUAAUGUCUGUCCAGGGAGCCAAGAAAAAGGAAUCUGAUGAAAGUCCUGCAGCACCAGACAGUACAACAAAGGAGCGUUGCUGUUUCACUGAAGGUGAAGAUGUACUACUGCAGCAGAAGGAUGGCCGUUAUUAUUUAGGAACAGUCGUUGAGGUUGAUCUGUCAGCAGAAAAAUGUUUGGUGAAAUUUGGGGACAACACUGAGAGUUGGUCAUCAUUUAAAGACUUGGCAAAGUUAUCACAUCCAGAUUCCUCAAACAUUCUAUGUGUAAUCUGCAAAAAAUCUACUCCAAAAUCAGAUAAUGAGAUAAUUGUAUGUGACAAAUGUGGUCGUGGUUAUCAUCAACUGUGCCACCAACCUCAUGUAGCCAAAGAUUGCUCUGAAUCAGAUUCUGAAUGGAUCUGUAAGAGGUGCCUGGAGAACAUGCCAGCUAAAGUAAGGGAUAGUAAAAGUACAAAAAAGGACACAGUUCGAAAAGUGUCAGGCCUGUCAGCAGUUUCCAGGCAAGAUAUUCAAGCAAAUCAGACUGACAAACACAAACUACCUUAUGAUCCAGAUGUUCUGACGUGGGAUUCUGCUCAUCGGGUUAACUUGGAACAACGAUAUUGUUACUGUGGAGACAGUGGAGAAUGGUUUAUGCAGAUGUUACAGUGUGGGCGUUGCCAGCAGUGGUUUCAUGAAAGAUGUGUACGCUGUUUGCAGUAUCCUCUUUUUUGUGGAGAUAGGUUUUAUGUAUUUGUUUGUUCAUUAUGUAACCACGGAAAGGAGUUUGUGAGACGGCUUGAGAUGAAAUGGGUUGACAUAAUACAUUUGACGCUAUUUAAUCUAACCGUGUAUAACGCCAAGAAAUACUAUGAUCUAGAUACUACUAUAGUUCCAUAUGUUAACAACAACUGGACUGCAUUUCAGCUUCCACCAAAGAUCCUCGAUAUAGGUGUAGAAGAAAGGAGAGACAACAUACUAUCAGUAUUGACUAAUAAUAGAAAUAGGUUCAAAUGUGGCCGUGAGAUAAAGAAACGAACAACGAUUUGGGGUCUUCGUGUACGUGUUCCUCCACCUGCACCAACAUUUACACUGCCAAGUGUUCGACCAGUCAGUGAUGCUGUAUUAAAGGAGCGCUGGAUGGGAAACAAGCGGUUAAAAUUCCUUCCACCCUCACUAAGUGCACUUGUGUCAGGAAAAUGCCACCUUGGUAAAGGAUUUUGUCACAGUGAAAACUCUUCAGGCAGCAAUCAAAAUUCCAUUAAGACUGGAGGGUCAGCAAAUGCAAACUCCAAAGAUAUUUCACCAUCUUGUACAAAUGAUGGCCACCCCACUACAAAUGGACUGCCACCUACACCAGGAAUUAAGAUAUUACAUAUUAAUUCCAUGUCUGAUGCAAGACAUACAGCAAGUGAAAAGGUUUCAGCAAGAAACUCUGAUCGCUAUAGUGGUGGUGGUUUUGUCAAGAAGUCAUCUUCUUUGUCUCCUGCAAAUCGGUAUACACUUCAGCAGACUCUUCUAAGGCGAAGGCAUAAAAACCUAAGAGGCUGUGUUGUUCAAACACAGAAAGAAAGGUUGUUGAGGCGGCGGCGGCAUAAACAGCAACAGAUAGAGAACCACGCAAAGAAUUUUACUGCCCGUAAAGCUCGGAAAUUGCUUAAGAAUGCAAUUGCACAGAGUCAGAAAAGCAGCCAGGAAUUACCACCUACACCUCCGUCCUCAUCAACUCCAGACACACCUCAAGCUGUUCCAUCAGCUGCAUCUUCAUCAUCAUCCACAGUUACAACUCCAGUGCCAACUGAAUCAUCAGCUGCAGGUCCUGGCUCUCAAACAGUUCCACCAACAGAAAUUUCGUUUGUUCCUCCUUCAACUCCUGGGGAUACCAGUGGUGAUGAAACCUCAUCCCGGGGAACACUGGACUCGUUUAUUCCACCGCCAAAAGAUUUUGAGGGGAAAAAUAAUCCAUUUCACAGCUUAACUGAGCUUCUUGCAGCACCAAGUGGUUUGAAUGUUUCUGGGAGUUUGUUUAGUUCCUGUGCAACACAGAACUCCCAGAAUAUAAAUCCAAUUACACUUCCUCUUCCUCUCAAUCCAGUUCUCCCCCAUCCAUUGCCCCCACGACCUGCCAAAAGGCAGUUAAGUGAGAAAGAUAUUAGAAUAGAUAGAAAUGGUGAAGUGAAGAGGCGUAGGCAUCGUCGCAGUCGUUUAGGUUCAGUUAGUGGAAGCUCUGUGCAAUCUUUAGCAAAUUCAUCUGGAGGAACAGCAAGUAAAACAGCGGCCUAUGUUCCAACGCGUCCAGAUCAAGCUGUAAAACCAAAUGAUGUAUGGUCUAGUGGCAUGACUUCAGUACGCUCAUUGCGAAGCAUGUAUUCGAGCAGUAGUGGUGGGCCAUCAUCUUCCAGCAGUGUCAAUGGUGGUCAGAUUGGUAGCUGUAUGGACUAUGCAUUAAAUGGAAGGCGUUUGAGAGCAACACAGAGACAAGAAACAAAAGUCAGUGAUAAAAAAUUAGUUUCUCAGUCUGCAUCUUUAAAAUCUUCACCAGUGAAACAAAACCCUGUACAGAUAUCUAUGGAUGAUCUCAAAUCAUCAGUCAAUAUAUAUUUCGGUGCAGCAAAUCGAAUUGCUGCUGGAGAGAAGUUCACAAUUAGAGCUAAGAGGACUACUCCAAUGGGUAAGACACAGUAUCUUAUUGAGUGGGAAGGUCCUUCUGCGUAAUAGUUAAAGUGAAAUGAAUAAAUAUCUCAAAGUAUUAUUGUACAAAUAAUAUAUGUUUGGAAUACCAGAUAACUGAGCAUUUAUCGGUGUAUUAAUGUUUUGUGUUAUGUGAAGUUGUUUGGCUUUGUGGGACUGUGUUUCUGUAUCGUGAAAAUGAGUGCUCACGUGUAUUCUAUUUCCACCACUCUCACGUUUUUGAGGGGAUUACAUAAAUGUGUAAUGUAGUCCCCUAAGAUCGCCGAUGUUUACAGUGACCAUGUUAAAAUUAUAUUAUAGUUACCUACUAUUUCUUAAUAUGUUGUAUAUGUUGUAAUACCUUUUGUUUCGGCUAUGUGCUUCAUAAGACAUUCAGUUAUGUUUUUAACACUGACUUAUUAUGUGACAUCGUGUCAUAUUAUACUGUUUACCUGACUGAAUCAUCAUGUUACAUUUUAAUGUCAUAUCUCAUAAAGACUAGAUUUUGGGUAAUAAGUCAGUGAUUUAGUUUACUGAAGAAACUGGGUCAUCUAACAGUAAAGUGGCUGGCAAUUCUUGCACUGUUGUACCCACAUGUCCUCCUUCAUAAAGGGCAUAGAACGGUUGUUACGUUUUUAAUGCGUUGGCACUUACUCGGGCAUAAACUUUUUGCAUACUUAAGUUUUGUGCUUUGUUGUAUUUUAUUCAUUUUUAUCUUGUGUAUAGAGUUUUAGUUAUGUUUAUGCUUCAUGGCCAUAAGACUUGUUCAAAAAAGUGAACUGUGUAUAUAAAUAAGUGUUUAAUGGAGCUGUGGGUGUACAUUAUUACAAAAUGAAGCCGUCAACAAGAAUGCAUGAAAAUGAUUGCUGUACUUGUAUACUUAAGGACCUGUGAUAACUGACAGUGCAUGUCUGAUAUGUUUGGAAUUAACAUGAUAGCAUUUGUCCACAUUUUAGAUAUCUUAUAACUCCAUUGUAAUAUUUUCAUUAUUUUUCUGGAUUGGGUUUGCGUUUACAACACAGGUAAUGCUAAGAAUAUGGGUGUGAGUGAGUACUAUCAUCUUGAUAAUUACUGUCUCCAGAAUUUGUCAGUUUAUCACAAUUUGGAAAAUAUUUUUCAUUGGUUUACUGUAUUAAUUGUGCAAAAUCUAACCAGAACCCUGUAGUCACAAGUUCUUAUUUUCAUCUACACAUUUUUGGGACUAAAAAUUGAGUAGAUUUAACUGUAUGCAGAAUAAAUACACUUUCUCAUAUUUUGAAGCUGAGAUCCCAUACAUAUUUAGGUCUGCCACUGCCCCUCCCCCUUUGUUGUUUAUUCCAUUUUAGAUCUCUCUCUCUCUCUCU